AUGUAUUAUUCAAUUGUUUCAUAUAAAUAUGAUGAACACCUCAAAAAAUUACCAUCAAAAAUAAAGUAUGCUAGUUUCGAUAAUGCAUCUGAUAAUUGCAAAAGCUCUACUAUUCAAACAAGUUUAAUGAGACUUAAACAAAAAAAUUUGUGGAUUGAAAGUGUCUAUGAAAAAAUAGUUAAAGCCUUAUGUCACGUAUAUAAAAUUGAAUCAGAAGAAAGGCUUCAGACAGAUGAUUGUGAUUACCUGUACUUUUGGUUAUAUGAUUUAUUAUAUAAAAAUAUAACAGAAACUCAUUUGAUUUAUACUGUUAUAUCGACGAUUAAUCAUAUUCUGCAAAAUAAUAAUGGUAAACCCAUAUGUGAUUUUGAUAAAUAUAAUAAUUAUAAUAUAAUGAAAGAAAAUUUCACGGAUAUGAAGACUUUAUUUGAUUAUUCUAAAGAUUACGAUCAUAUCCAAAAUGAUUUAGACAAACAUGAAUCGUUUUGUAAUAUGGAUUACAGGAAUCUUCUUCUAAAAUAUGCGAAAGUAUAUAAGACCAUAAGGAGGAACUGCAUACCCAAUAUUAAGCAUUAUUCAUAUUGUAGUCUUUUUAUUACCUUUUUUAGGAGAAAUAACUACUUUUUAAUAUCUGAAUUGUCAUGUACUCCAUGGGAAAAUAAAUCUAAUAUUACAGAAAAUGGAAAAGGGACACAUAAAAAUAUAGAGCUAUACGAACAUAUGGUUUUUGAUGAACAAAAUUUAGAAUAUAAAAUUUCAAAUAUCCAUUCAGCUUCUUCUUCAAGUAUGGUCGCUGCUCCUAUAAUUAUAGGAAUUAUAGUUUUUUCUAUUAUACUGUUGAAAUUUACUCCGGUUAGGUAUUUAUUAAAAAAAAAAUUACUAGGGAAUUCUAAAAGAACACGUAAUAUUAUAAUGGGUAAGAAUAUAAUAGAAGAUUACUCGAUUCAUGAAGAUAUAGAAUCGUCGAAAAGAUUUAAUGUAACAAACAGUAAUAUAUAA